CCGGGGGCUGUAGUGACCGCGCCGCUCCUGCUGGGGGGCUGCCCACGCCAAGGACCUGCCUCUGUGGUCUCCGCCGCCGCCCAGGGUUCUAGUAUUUCUGAUGCAUGAGAGCUGCUUAUUCAUUAAGGAAUACUGAUUGAAUCGCAGUUCCUGUGUUGCUGUGACUUCUCAUGCCCAUAUCAGAAACAUGAGCCUUGGAAACCCACUAAGAUCAGAUACACAGUGUAAAGCAAGUUGUAUUUUUAUCGAGUUGGACGAGUGUACUUCAUGCUCUGCCCAUCAUCAUUAAAGGGACCGUAAAGAACCAAGUGUAUCUGAGAGCACAUUAAAGAGACAUCUCUACUGUUCCACAUUUGACUUGAAGCCAAAGGCCAGCCGCAGUAAACACCAAGCAUUUCAUCACAAAUUUCGUUUCCCUGGCAACAACAUCCCCCAAGAUGGCAGAGGAGAGCAGCAGUACCAGGGACUGCGUGUCCUUCAGCGUGCUCACCUGGGACCAGGUGAGCCGUCUGCACGAGGUCCUGACUGAGGUGGUACCCAUCCACGGACGAGGCAACUUCCCCACCUUGGAGAUCACACUCAAGGACAUCGUGCAGACUGUCCGUGGCCGGCUGGAGGAGGCAGGCAUCAAAGUGCAGGAUGUCCGGCUGAACGGCUCUGCGGCCGGCCAUGUCCUGGUCAAAGACAACGGGUUGGGCUGCAAAGACCUGGACCUCAUCUUUCACGUGGCUCUGCCCACAGAGGCCGAGUUUCAGCUGGUCAGGGAUGUGGUGCUGUGCUCUCUGCUGAACUUCCUGCCGGAGGGCGUGAACAAGCUCAAGAUCAGCCCCACGACCCUGAAGGAGGCCUACGUCCAGAAGCUGGUGAAGGUGUGCACGGACACGGACCGCUGGAGCCUCAUCUCCCUCUCCAACAAGAACGGGCGCAACGUGGAGCUCAAGUUCGUCGACUCCAUCCGGCGCCAGUUCGAGUUCAGCGUGGACUCGUUCCAGAUCAUCCUGGACUCCCUGCUUUUCUUCUACGACUGCUCCGGCCAUCCCCUGUCCGAGCAGCUGCACCCCACGGUCAUCGGGGAGAGCGUGUAUGGGGACUUCGAGGAAGCCCUGGACCACCUGCAGAACAGACUCAUCGCCACCAAGAACCCCGAGGAGAUCCGGGGCGGGGGGCUGCUCAAGUACAGCAACCUGCUGGUGCGGGACUUCCGGCCCACCGACCAGGAGGAGAUCAAGACCCUGGAGCGCUACAUGUGCUCCCGCUUCUUCAUCGACUUCCCCGACAUCCUCGAGCAGCAGAGAAAGCUGGAGACCUACCUGCAGAACCACUUCGCCGAGGAGGAGAGGAGCAAGUACGACUACCUCAUGACCCUGCGCAGGGUGGUCAACGAGAGCACCGUGUGCCUCAUGGGCCACGAGCGCAGGCAGACCUUGAACCUCAUCUCGCUGCUGGCCCUGCGCGUGCUGGCCGAGCAGAACAUCAUCCCCAACGCCACCACCGUCACCUGCUACUACCAGCCCGCCCCCUACGUCAGCGACGGCAACUUCAACAACUACUACGUGGCCCACCCCCCGCUCACCUACAGCCAGCCCUACCCCACCUGGCUGCCCUGUAACUAACCUCGAGACCCGAGGGUUUCCGCAGCGGGGAGUCCCCCUCCACCCCCCACCCCGGGUAGGGCAGGGCUCUCAGUUAGGGGAGCCUCCUUCUAGAUGUAGGUGUUUGGCUUUUAAAGCGGAACUCAGCUCUGAUUCGGCUUUUUUUUUUUUUCCUUUGUGUGCCCAUUGGAAUGGGUCUCCAGUGUAUCAUGAGCCAAUUGUAAAAGGACCUGCUAUUCCAGGGCCACUUUGGAAAAGGCUAUAGGAAGUAUGACCUCUCCACAUCUUUCCAAGACAAAGACACUAACACGCCACGUCCUGAACGUCUGAGCUCCGGGCAGUUGUUGAGAUUGGGAAGCACGUGGGCAGUGCGAGAGGUGCCUCAGUUGCUGGGCUCCUCACUGGAGCCUAGGGGAGGCGAUGUCGGAGGAGCCCUCACUUGGAAUUCUCAGCACUUAGUGUGAAAGUCGUGUGGAUGGUCUUAUUUUCUUGUAUCUGUUUUAGUCAGGCAGAAAAAAAUGAUAAACAUGAGGGUGCUCUUGUGCCUUAAUUUUUUGUUCAAGGGGCUAAACUGCGUAUGUUUAUUCUCUGUCAGUGGAGCUGAGGAUUUGUCUCCUCGAUAAACCAAAGCCGAUAGCUGGAGAAUUUAUGAUCUGGUGGGAUAUGGUUUAUGGUUUAGAUGCUAUGCUAUCUCGAGGAAUUGUGAGGAAUUGCUGAGAGAAAAAAAAAAAUGACCUUUUCUUGAAAUGUAACUUGAAAAACAAAAUAAAAAUGUGCAACUUAACGUUAAGUAGAAUUGUGGUGGUGGUGGGGGGUGAUUGUAAAUAGGAAACGUGAAUGUUCAAUCUUUCUUUUCUUAAGUAAGGAAUUCUUGUUGAAUGACACUUCCUCCUGUUUAUCAGCUCAUCACUUUUGUUUUGCUCUUCCCAAGACGAAGGACGGUGCCGAGUCUAGAGUCAUUGACACGAGGGGCUUCCCAUGUUUUAAUUGGAAACCCAUUCUGGUCACAUUCCAAGUUUGACUGGCUGUUUUUUCUGGAGUACUUUGGCUGAUUUUUGUUUUUGUUUUUUCUUUUCAAAAAGUAGUGGUUUCCUUCCCCAGGCUUUUUGGACAGCAGGUGAAUUGCAGGAAUGUCAGUAGAUCAGAGUGACCUGUGGAAUGGGCCGCACGUGUGCAGACUGUACUGCUCACACAAGCACCAGGUACUCGGAACCUGGUUUAAAAUUGCUUUAGAUUCGCACCUGCCGUCCCUGUGCUGUGUGGGAGGUGGAUGCUCCUUCCAUCGGUGGGGCCUCGUGUACGAGCAAGCCCCCAAGGCACCUCGAGAGGAUUAUUUCUGGUGUAUUUGGGAAGAAUUGAGAGAAUGAAGAAGAAUCUUCCUUACGCUGGUAGAUUGACCAUACUUGUUUAUACUCGCACUUUAGAAGGAAAACAGUGUUAUUCUCUAGUCUGAAGCAAGCUUAGUAAAUGGGAGAAUUCUAGGCUACUGUUGCUUUCCCAGUAGGUUUAGAUAAGGGACUUUGUGUUUUGAAGCUUUUUGUGGGAUCUCUUAGAAAGCAUCACUUUAGGGUUAUCAAGGGCAGAGAAACACCAUGUUGCCAGCCAGCUUGGUUUCUUAUGUGAUUUAAUCAAAUCCAUGCUCCUGAUUUUGGUGUUUUCCUGUGGCCAUAAAAACCCCAAGCCCUGAGUGAUUGUUUUCUCCUUGCUUGAAGCAAUGAAGUUACCGUAAUGUUUAGUAGAAAAGGAGUGGUUUACCUUUUUCUAAAGAUUAUAUUUUCAGGGUUUUUUGUUGUUGUUCUUGUUGUUGUUCUGGAAUGUGAUGUCUUGGUCCUCUGGAAAGCAGAUCAAGUGUGACUGAAACCCAGGGCUUAGUUGGUAUCCCUGUUGUGGACAAGGCGAAUAGAAGCCACUUCUUAGUGUAACCAGCUCCUGUUGCCUGUGAGCCGAUAGUUACAGUCGAAUCCGCUGGCUUUUGAGUCAAGACUGGUUCUGCAUGGAGCGGGCCCUGGGGUGCUUCAGUGUUAAAAAGGGCAAUGAAGAGUGAACCCCAGCUUUAAAAACUAUGUGAUCAUCCACGUCGUUAAAAGGCUGCCAUUGUGGUCAGUUGGCAACAUGUUUGCACAAAGAUAACAGAUCUGUUUAACCAAAGCUUUGAAAUGUGAUGAAGCCGCCAACAUAAGCACUUGCUCACAGAAGUCAGUAUUGCUUCCACUGGAAGGCUCAUGGAUCAGGGUAACCAGGGUCCAGAUUGAAGAUGGGGUCAGAACUGCAUCAAGUAAUUAAAUUUCCAGUUUGUCCUUGGAGUUCUUUCUACUUACCUUUUUUCUUCUUGUCUGGUACUAGUCCUUUAAGGAUGAAAGGAGGCACAGAAGUUGCUAGAAAUCUCAAGCCCCUGAGUUCUUUACCACCACUGCACGAUUGCCCUUCACCUGAAGUUCUUAGUCAGCCCAGCCGUUUUGAAGUUUGAGAGCAGACCUGUGUUCUAGAACCACCAGGGUAAAAAAGUGCACUCACCGAAGCUAUCUCUGGCCUGCUUCGGAAUAAACCAGGUAACCUUGAAUUUCAGGUGUCUGGAAAUUCUAGCUGGAACCUGCCUUUCGUGCUGCUCGCACAAGCACCAGGUACUCAGAACCUGUACUGAGUCCACCGGUUCCUCUUCUUUGUGUGUUGAGUAAUGUGAAACUUGGCAGGGGCCAAGGGCACUAGAGUUCAAGUGCAAGUUAUAAUAUAAACACAGGCAGCCUCACUUUUGCUUCAGGGCUCUGAGCAGUUUUCUGAUGCUUUUUGCAGGCAUGCAGCUUGUUAGCCCAGCCUGCUUCUUGGAGUCAGGUUGAGCAGCCGCGGUAUUAAAGCAGUACCUUUCCCCCCUUGUGUUGGCGGAAGAGGACGCAUCAAAUUCCUGGCCUCUAGCUUCAUCUCACCUUUAAAUCUUCCCUUGGCAGUGGGAUGCUGUUCCUCACUCCAUAAUUUCAGCUCUGAAACCAAACUGCAUCACUGACACCUUCAGAUCAGGGUUCCUGCUGACUGCAUGUGGGAGGUGGCAUGGCUCACAGCUGGGGGGACCUGGCAGGUGGGGAGAUGUGGGUAGGAAAGAUGCUAGGUUCCUAGUAUGUGGUAACAGAUGUGGUUUGGCAUUCAAGGUUUGUUUUUGUUUUUUUUUUUCCCCAGUUUGACUUUUUUUUACCCCGUGGGGAUUAGAGUCACAGGAGAGCUGUGUGUGAACCUGUGUUUUGUGGUGAUGCAUUAGUAAUGAAGUUGCUAAAACCCCAGAUCUUCUUGUCUUUCACCCUCUGCUAGCCCCAGUCCAUUAGCUUCACAGUAGAUUACAACUAGUACUGCUUUGUGAACUUUGGGAAGUGGUGCCACUCAAAAGCGACCUCCUAACUUUAGGAACACCUCGUUUUCAGUUAACCUUCUGGUCCCGGUGCCUUGUUUUAGGAUGCAACUGGAUUCUGAGCUCAAACUUCCUCUUCCAGAGAACAAAUGAGAGUUUUGUAGUUGUGAGCAGAGACCCUGAUGCUCCCCAGGGAAGCUGCUUCCUGGGUGUCUGACUGGGGCUCCACACUGGGGAAGAACCCUUGCGGUGGACUCUGUGAGGUGGAAGAGCUUCCAGUUGCCAAGGUUGGGUUUGGCUUUUUCAUCUGGCAGAGACCAGAAUGUCACAGCUGACUUUGGAACAUACUCUGGUUUGGCCAGUUCCAUUCAGAGCACCGGUGGAGGGGUGUGUAGCAGGGGAUAUAUUUAAAAAGAUCAAGCAGCCUUUCAGGAUUAUUUGUGGAGACUUACAAGGUGAGGAUCAGGAAAGAAAAUGCUUUUUUUUGUGAGGUCAAAUUCUAAAUCUUGUUUACCUAUCACUUAAAAAAUAGUUUUAAGUGGAAGCAAAAGAAAAUGCUUAGAGUUUUGCCUGGGCUAGUGGGAGUUGGUGCAAAUCGUCAAGGGUGUUUGCAUAGGAAGGUGAGAAAACCAUCCACUAAAGAGGAAGUCGUUAAAUAAUAUGGAUCUCUGGGCAUUUUAAAACUCAAGCCAUCUGGUCUUUUUUUUUUUUUUUUUUUUAGCAAAUUAAAAGAAAAAUUGCUGCUUUAGGAAAAUUAAGUCUUUAUCCAUUAAUUUCCAAAUUACUAUAGAUGAAAAGAUACAAAUUAGACUAAAUUGAAAGAUUUUUGUAAUUCUAUUCUUGCAUAGCCUUUCCAAUAUUAAUCUCUUAGGUUGUGUGAGGUUUCCUCUUUGGUGUAAUGGCCACUGACCUUCUCAUGGGAUGCAGGUGAAAUCACUUGUCAAUGCAAAAUGUGUUAGAACUUGAUGAAAUAAAGCUUUGAGUUUGAGAAAUAAAGAUUUAUUUAAAAAGAC